AUGUUGUCAAGGAAAUUGAGUGUGCCUAGUGGCCGAGCCUCUUUAGCACGUUUGGUUAGCAAAAGGGCCCUGAGCGAUUCAACUGAGCCGCCUGCCAAAAUUCUCACCACUUCUAACGGCAUUAGACUUAUCGUGGACGAUUCGCCGAGUUAUUUCUCGGCUCUUGGAUUGUAUGUGGAUGCAGGCUCAAGAUUCGAGUCGUAUUAUAACCUGACUGGUUCUUCCCACCUUACGGAUAGACUGGCAUUCAAGUCCACGCAGAAUAUCACCGGGAAAGCCAUGCUCGAGAAUUUGAAUCUUCUCGGUGGAAAUUUCAUGUGUGCAUCUUCAAGAGAGUCCAUGAUGUACCAGGCCUCGGUUUUCAACAAAGAUGUGGAGAAGAUGUUUCACUUGCUUUCGGAAACAGUGUCUAAGCCAUUGCUCACUGAGGAAGAAGUCCAGGACCAGGUCCUCACAGCUGAAUAUGAGCUCGGUGAAAUAAACCUCCAGCCGGAUUUGAUACUCCCGGAACUUUUGCAGCAGGUUGCGUACGAUUCAAAGAAUCUGGGCAGUCCUCUAUUAUGUCCUGCUGAGGCUCUACCCCAUAUCAGCAGACAGAGGCUGCUGGACUAUCGUCAGAAGUUCUACAGACCUGAGAACCUGGUAGUGGCUAUGACUGGAGUCCCAGAAGACAAAGCGGCCAGUUUGGUGGAUCAGUAUUUAGGAGACUUUGUGGGAUCCCCAUUAGCAGCUCCUCUCGUGAAAGAACCAGCUGUUUACACAGGGGGCGAGCUCUCUCUUCCACCUGCCCCUGUCAUGGGUAACUUGCCAGAAUUCCAUCAUAUUUAUGUUGGAUUUGAGGGUGUUCCAAUAACCUCCAAGGACGUCUAUGCUCUGGCCACUUUGCAGAUGCUUAUUGGAGGAGGUGGUUCUUUCAGCGCUGGUGGCCCUGGUAAGGGUAUGUAUGCUAGAGCUUACACCAGAAUCUUGAACCAGUACGGCUUUGUGGAGAGUUGCAAAUCGUUCAUUCAUAAUUUCACAGACUCUGGGCUGUUUGGUCUCUCUAUAUCGUGUAUUCCACAGGCCAACAGAGUGGCUGCUGAUCUGAUAGGACAGGAAUUGGCUUUGCUGUUCCAAGAAAGUGGGAAGGGCUCGUUAACCGAGGCAGAAGUCUCCAGGGCCAAAAGCCAAUUGAAAUCGUCGUUGAUGAUGAAUUUGGAAAGCAAGAUGGUUCAGCUGGAAGACAUGGGCAGACAGGUUCAGGUCUACGGAAAGAGAACCAGCGUUUCUGAGAUGUGUCGCAAGAUUGACGUUCUUACCAGAGCAGACCUCAUAGACAUAGCACAGAAGGUGUUGACGUCCAGUGUUCCAACCGUUGUUAUACAGGGCGAUAGGUCUUCUUUUGGAGACGUUGUUGGAACUCUCAACAAGUAUGGCGUAGGAGCCAAACCCAAGAGCACUGCACGUUGGUUUUGA